UAGGCACACUGCAAUGCGUAAAUAACGAUUUGAACCAGUUGACCAAAUGCCAAUGCCGAUUGCCGCGCGAGCCGACGCUUCCGGCCCGUUCCAGGCCAGGCCAGUCCAGUCUGGGGCUGACAAUUGUUAACCCAAUUCGCGACUCGAUCAGGCCCAGACUGGCCUGGUCUGCCCAGACACGGCAUGGCCUGGAGCGGCCUGGCUCAUAUAAAAGGCUUCGGUCGCCAAUGGAUGUACAGAUAACAUCGCGCACUCAAGCUGAUCUUAAGCAAUGCAGGCCCACAAGAUUUCCCGCUGCCUAGCACUGGUCCUGCUCUCCCUCAGCCAGAUCCGUGGCCAGAUCAUCCAGCCAAUACGUUAUCCGGGCGGACCGGUGCACCCGCAGCGGCAACAGCGCUCCCUCUUUGGCCCACCCGGUCCACCCAUCGGUUGGAGUAGCGGUGGCGGCUGGGCCGGUCCCAGUCCCAGCUUCGAGAUCAGCCACCUGCCACCCUCAUCGAGCCCGCACGUAACCAAGGACGAGCUUCUGGCUCUGCUGGCGGCCUGGAAAGAUGUCGAGCCCAAGCCGACUCCGUCUCCACCCCCUGAGCCCGAGGAUGAGCCGGAGCCUGAGGUGACCACCGCCCCCCCUCCCGAGGAAGAGGAGGAGCCAGAACCAGAACCGGAGGCCCCAGCACCAGCCCCAGAGGCACCAGCCGGACCUCCUCCCGGUGUGCCGGUUACCGUCUCGCUGCCAGCCCUAGUACCCAUUCAGCUAGCCGCCAUGUGGCAGACGCCAGUGCCUGGCGCAGGAUCUGUAGGCCUCGGUCUGGGCGGAAUUGGUGGUUUGUCAGGUCUAGGACUGGGACUGGGUGGAGGUGUAGCUGCAGCAAGCACUGGUGGUGGCGCCGCAGCCGGAGCAGCAGCUGCCACAGCACGCACUGCCACAGUCUCCCGUUCGCGGGCCCGUGCAAGGGUCGGAGGUCGGUCCUCAAAAGCCUCCUCUAUUCGCUUUCCCGUUGCCAAUCCCCGCAGCUUCGCCUCAGGAAACUAUGUGGCGCCCAGACCUCGCUACUAUCGCGCCGCUCCUUCGCAGUCGGAGCCAAGUCGGGUCGAUGUGAUGCCAUCGCCCGGGUAUCUGGCCCAUGUUCCGGGACCAGUACAGCUCGUUCCUGGUUACUGGCAGUAGUCGCCACUUCUUUAGUGCAUACAUCUCUUAGCACUCGUCCUUCCCAUUUUAUCUAAGCUCAAACUGUACAAAUAUACACACUCAUACCUAUACACAUGUUAUACCUAUACAAUUACAUAUAUAGGCUACGUAAAUCUAUGUCCAUGUACAGAUCAUCAGCAUCUAUUUGUAUCUUUAAUGCCAUGUUCUUUUA